AUGAUACUGUUGCCGCGAGGCUGCCGCCCAGUUGAGUGCGUCAGCCUCAACGCGACAUCUUCUCCAACCUUCUCCUCACUUCAUAUCCAUACUAUUUCGACGGCUCAUUGGCCACAAAGAACCUUUCCUUUUGCGAUCUUUGAAUCUAGUCGAAUAAUGCGUCUACUACAGUUCAACAACGAUGGCGAUUUCAGCCUGACCGAGUUCUUUGAAGGCGAUAUCCCUGAGUAUGCCAUACUUUCACACAGAUGGGAAGCGGGGGAGGUCACUUUUAAAGAUCUGACAGACGGCACGAGUAAAGGCAAGGCUGGCUACAGCAAGAUACAGUUCUGCGGAGAGCAGGCGAGUUAUGAUGGAUUAGAAUACUUCUGGGUAGACACAUGCUGCAUCGAUAAAGCAAGUAGCGCCGAGCUCUCUGAAGCUAUCAACUCGAUGUUUCGCUGGUACCAGAAAGCGACUAGAUGCUAUGUCUAUUUGUCUGAUGUUUCGAUACGAAAGCGGAAAGUAAGCGAUACGUCUACCGAAUAUACUUGGGAAUCUGCUUUGCGAGCAAGUAAAUGGUUUACACGAGGCUGGACCUUACAAGAACUCCUUGCUCCAAGAUCAGUCGAAUUCUUCUCCCGGGAACACAAUCGACUAGGUGAUAAGGGAACUCUAGAACGACAAAUCCACGAGAUUACAGGAAUCCCUACCACCGCGCUUCAAGAAACCCCUCUCUCCCAAUUCGACGUCGAUGAACGAUUCUCGUGGGUAAAAUGUCGGCAAACUACACGCGGGGAAGAUAAGGCAUAUUCUCUUUUUGGCAUUUUCGAUAUCCAGAUGCCACUUCUUUAUGGCGAAGGAGAAGUAAAGGCGUUUCAGCGACUCCGAGAAGCAAUCGACAAACCAUUGAAGGGUAAGUCUCAUCCCUACGAUUAAUGCCUAACACAUUUGAUAAGUCUAGCGCUAACUAGCAGUUUAGGCUCUAAGAAAGACCUACUUCGUCAGCUACCGUAUGCUGAUGAGGCGCCGUUCAACACAUACCACCGCCAACACGAACCUGCCUGCCUCCAUAAUACACGCGUCUCCGUCCUACAAGAGAUAUACGACUGGGCCGAUGGAAAGGAUAGACAAGAUGAGCGAUGCAUCUUCUGGCUAAACGGCCUCGCUGGGACGGGAAAGUCAACAAUCUCCCGCACUAUCGCCCGCAGAUACAGUGAGCAGAAGCGUCUUGGAGCUAGCUUCUUCUUCUCAAGGGGCGGCGGAGAUGUGAGCCACGCUGGCAUGUUCUUCACAAGUCUUGCCGUCCAGCUCAGUAUCAAUGUGCCACCUCUUCAACAGUACAUUUCUGAGGCUGUUACAAAUCGGCGUGAUAUUGCGAGCCUAUCCCUCUCGGAGCAAUGGCGUCAGCUUAUUCUCAAUCCACUACUUGAGCUACAGAGCGGAUCACCUCUUUCAUACAUCCUUGUUAUCGAUGCACUUGAUGAGUGUGAGCAUGAUAGAGAUAUCAAGACUAUCCUACAGCUCCUAGCUGAAGCUCGGUCGUUGAUGACAGUACAACUUCAAGUCUUUCUUACCAGCAGGCCUGAAGUCCCUAUUCGACACGGAAUACGCGAUAACCCACAAGCCGAACACCAGGAAUUUGUGCUCCACAACAUACAGCCAUCGAUUGUCAAUCAUGAUAUCUCUCUAUUCCUAGAACACAAUCUAGGGAAAAUCAGGCAAGACUGGGAUCUUAGAGCUAACUGGCCCGGCGGAGAAGUUCUAAGACAGCUGGUUCUCUACGCUUGUGGCCUCUUCAUUUGGGCGGCAACAGCAUGUCGGUUUGUUGAAGAAGGCGGAGAGUUUGCUGAAGAUAGGCUUGAUGGGAUUCUUCAGCGCAUUAGCUUAGAAGGCACACCAGAGCAGCACCUCGACGAAAUAUAUCUCACGGUACUCCAAAACUCUAUACCUCCUACUUAUAGAGCACUGGAAAAGGAGAAGGCAUAUGCAAUAAGACGUAAGGUUCUUGGAAGCAUUGUUGUUUCGUUAUCUCCACUUUCCGCUGCUUCACUAGCAAUGGUGCUAAGCGUCCCUGAAAGAGUUGUUACACGAACACUUGAGAAACUGCAAGCUAUCCUAGAGGUUCCAAACGACCCGACUCGCCAGCUCCGCCUACACCACCCUUCGUUUCGCGACUUCCUUCUCAACAAAGAUCGAUGUAGGAAUUUCUGGGUAGAUGAGAAGGAAGCACAGGGUACAUUAGCUACUCGCUGCAUAGAGCUGAUGUCCAAGACACUCGAGAAAGACAUAUGCGAAUUGCAUGCUCCUGGGUAUCAAGUCACUCAAGUCGAGAGCAGUCGUCUACAGCAAUGCCUUCCGCCCGAAGUACAAUACGCAUGCCUCUACUGGGUCCAGCAUCUACAGAGGAGCGGGUCUCAGGCUUGCAAUGGCGAUGAAGCACACCGGUUUCUGCAAGAGCAUCUACUACACUGGCUUGAGGCGCUUGGGUGGAUGGGCAAGACCUCAGAGGGAAUUCAAGCAAUUUUAUCCUUGGAAGAGCUUGUUUCGGUAAGGAUUCUCUUUUAAUAUAAUAAGUCACCUAACUAAUUGUUACUUAGGCAGGUAAGAGUUCUGAAAUACGCUCCUUUGUUAAUGAUAUAAAACGAUUUACCCUACAUAGCCAGUCAGUGAUUGAAAAGGCACCCCUUCAACUAUACUGUUCAGCCCUCAUCUUUGCCCCAGAGAAUAGUAUAGUUAAGAGACAAUUCAAAAAAGAGAUCCUACCAUUGAUUCAAAUGAAGUCAAAAGUGCGACCAGGUUGGAGCGCGACGCUGCAGACGCUCGAGGGCCAUUCC